UUUUAUCUCACUGGGUGGCUGGGAAAGUUAGCAGGAAGAAAACCUUGAGGGCCGAAGGCUUUAUCCCUCCCCCGGCUCCGCCCUCUUCCUGUCAGCGACCUGAGCGGCUGGCCCACUCGGGGGAAGGGGAAGCUCGGCGGGGUUCACGGAGCGCACAGUGCGCACGCGCGAUCUCGAGUGUGUGAGCGUUUGUGUGUUCGUGCGCACGCGCGCGCGCCUGCAUUUCGGAAGCCUGGGAAGGAGCGGUGUGCAAGGCGAUGAGCGGGGACACACAGCCCCCGGUCCUUGGUACCAGGCACUGGUGAUUGUGCACUGACCGUAGCCACACUGCCAGCAGCCUUUCUAGAGACUGCGGCCCGUAGCUUCUUCGUUUUCAUUGCAGGACCAGCCUCGAAAGUUAGAACAAAAUGAAGAUUUUUUCUGAAUCUCAUAAAACUGUGUUUGUUGUGGAUCACUGCCCUUACAUGGCAGAAUCAUGCAGACAGCAUGUCGAGUUUGAUAUGCUGGUGAAGAAUAGGACCCAAGGAAUCAUCCCUUUGGCCCCCAUCUCUAAAUCACUGUGGACUUGCUCAGUAGAAUCGUCUAUGGAGUAUUGUAGAAUAAUGUAUGAUAUAUUUCCUUUCAAAAAGCUGGUGAAUUUCAUUGUGAGUGACUCUGGAGCACAUGUCUUAAAUUCUUGGACUCAAGAAGACCAAAAUUUGCAGGAGCUGAUGGCAGCAUUAGCUGCCGUUGGGCCUCCUAACCCUAGGGCAGACCCAGAAUGCUGCAGUAUUCUACAUGGUCUAGUUGCAGCAGUGGAAGCCCUCUGCAAAAUUACAGAGCACCAGCAUGAGGCUCGUACCCAGCUGAUGGAGAGUGCUGAACGUGUUGGAAAUAGGGGACGGAUCAUUUGCAUUACUAAUGCCAAAAGUGAUAGCCAUGUGCGAAUGCUGGAAGACUGUGUGCAAGAAACAAUUCAUGAACAUAACAAGCUUGCUGCAAAUUCAGAUCAUCUCAUGCAGAUUCAGAGGUGUGAGUUAGUACUGAUUCAUACCUACCCAGUUGGUGAAGACAGCCUUGUGUCUGAUCGUCCUAAAAAAGAGUUGUCCCCAGUUUUAACCACUGAAGUCCAUAGUGUUCGUGCAGGGCGACAUCUUGCUACCAAAUUGAAUAUUCUAGUGCAGCAACAUUUUGACUUGGCUUCAACUACUAUUACAAAUAUUCCCAUGAAGGAAGAGCAGCAUGCUAACACGUCUGCCAAUUAUGAUGUGGAGCUACUUCAUCACAAAGAUGCACAUGUAGAUUUCCUGAAAAGUGGUGACACCCACUUAGGCGGGAGCAGUAGAGAUGGCCCGUUUAAAGAGACCAUAACACUGAAGUGGUGCACACCGAGGACAAACAACAUCGUGUUUUCUUCUGUUUCAGAGUUGCACUAUUGUACUGGAGCAUAUCGAAUUUCACCUGUAGAUGUAAAUAGUAGACCUUCCUCCUGCCUUACUAAUUUUCUUCUAAAUGGUCGUUCUGUUUUAUUGGAACAACCACGCAAGUCAGGCUCCAAAGUCAUUAGUCAUAUGCUUAGCAGCCAUGGAGGAGAGAUUUUUCUACACGUCCUUAGCAGUUCUCGUUCUAUUCUAGAAGAUCCUCCUUCAAUUAGUGAAGGAUGUGGAGGAAGAGUUACAGACUACCGGAUUACAGAUUUUGGUGAAUUUAUGAGGGAAAACAGAUUAACUCCUUUUCUAGACCCCAGAUAUAAAAUUGAUGGAAGUCUUGAGAUCCCUUUAGAACGAGCAAAAGAUCAGUUAGAAAAACACACCCGCUAUUGGCCUAUGAUUAUCUCACAAACCACCAUUUUCAACAUGCAAGCGGUGGUUCCGUUAGCCAGUGUUAUUGUGAAAGAAUCUUUGACAGAAGAAGAUGUGCUAAACUGUCAGAAAACAAUAUACAACUUAGUUGAUAUGGAAAGGAAAAAUGAUCCUUUGCCUAUUUCCACAGUUGGUACACGAGGAAAAGGCCCUAAAAGAGAUGAACAAUACCGUAUCAUGUGGAAUGAGUUAGAAACUCUGGUCAGAGCCCAUAUUAAUAACUCAGAGAAACAUCAAAGAGUCUUGGAAUGUCUGAUGGCAUGUAGGAGCAAACCCCCAGAAGAGGAGGAACGAAAGAAACGAGGAAGAAAGAGGGAAGACAAAGAGGACAAGUCGGAAAAAGCAGUGAAAGAUUACGAACAGGACAAAUCCUGGCAAGAUUCAGAGAGAUUAAAAGGAAUUUUAGAACGAGGAAAAGAAGAGUUGGCUGAAGCUGAGAUUAUAAAGGAUUCACCUGAUUCCCCAGAACCUCCAAACAAAAAGCCUCUUGUUGAAGUUGACGAAACUCCACCGGUGGAAACAUCCAAAGGACCAGUAUCCUUGUUAUCCUUGUGGAGUAAUCGGAUUAAUACUGCCAAUUCCAGAAAACAUCAGGAAUUUGCUGGGCGUUUGAACUCUGUUAGUAACAGAGCUGAAUUAUAUCAACAUCUUAAAGAGGAAAAUGGAAUGGAGACAACAGAAAAUGGAAAAGCCAGCCGGCAGUGAAAAGUGACGUGUGGAAUGAAAUUAGCAUAUUGCAAAAAUAUUUUCUUCAGAAUUUGAUAAAAGUACUUUUACAGCAAGAUUGUAUAGUUAAAGUGGCCUGGACUGGUUUUUACAUUUUAAAAAAAUUUUCAACUAACUUUAUCCUUUUUGUACUAAUUGUAAAAUUGGCACAAAUGUCAAAUAUAUACAUUUUAGAUGUGUCCUCCUAAAUUCACAAAUUUAUUUUGUGGUAAAAGGUAUCCCCUUGGAAGUAUUUCUUAAAAAAAAAAAUUAGGCCUUUCUUUGCCAAAUAAAACUCUUUAAGAUAUCUGAAA